CGCGUGCCUACUGCGGCUACGCGCGCAUGCGCAUGGGCGGUCAUGGCGGCUGCGGGGAGGACGGUGGUGCUUGUCACCGGCAACGCAAAGAAACUGGAGGAGGUGAUUCAGAUCCUAGGUGAUUCCUUUCCCGGCAAACUGGUUGCAAAGAAAAUAGACUUGCCUGAGUACCAAGGGGAGCCUGAUGACAUUUCUAUCCAGAAGUGCCAAGAAGCAGCUAAACAGAUUCAGGGACCAGUUAUAGUAGAAGAUACUUGUUUGUGUUUUAAUGCUCUUGGAGGACUCCCAGGGCCAUAUAUCAAAUGGUUCCUAGAGAAAUUACAUCCAGAAGGUCUCUACAAACUAUUAGCUGGAUUUGAAGACAAGUCUGCUUAUGCUCUCUGCACCUUUGCUUUCAGCACUGGAAAUCCAAAGGACAAAGUGAAGCUAUUCAAAGGCCAGACUCAUGGGCAUAUAGUUGACCCAAGAGGACCUAGAGACUUUGGAUGGGAUCCAUGCUUCCAGCCAGAGGGUUAUGAUAAGACGUAUGCUGAAUUACCUAAGUCUGUGAAAAACACUAUCUCUCAUCGUUACAAAGCACUGAAAGAGUUGUCUACAUAUUUUGCUGAACAGAACAAUUCAACAGAGGCCACAUCUGGCUUCAGUUAGUCUGCUAUAGUCUAGGAUGCUGUGUUUGUUGUACAAAAAUUGUGAUUGGAAAAUGAUAUCAUGAUUUGCUUGUUUGCAUAGAUCAUAUACAAUAAAACUACUUUUCUUAAA